ACUCCCUGUUGUUUUCCGGUCUGAGAUUCUUAUUUAACUUUAGGAACAUUUGGACCUCAGGAGUUUCAGUACAUAUAAUAUAAAUAUAAUAAUAUACACAUAUACAUAUAUACAUAUUUAAACUGCAUUUAAACAGUUAAACAGGAUGAACGCGAUGCAGCUGCUGAACAGGGUCCGAGUGCGCGGCCUCCAUGUGUGUGUCCCCUCAAUGACCUUUGACCUCAGGAAGGUGGAACUACUUCCUCUCGAUCAAAGGAAGUUGACCUUCGACUCUCAGAGCGUCUGCAGAGAGCUGCAGGAGAACGGCUUUGAGAAGCGGCAGGCGGAGCUCGUCGUCUCGGCUCUCGUCUCUCUGACGGCCGCAAACAUGGACAUCGUUUACAGAGACAUGGUGACCAAAUCCCACCAGGAGAUCGCCCUGCAGCAGAUGUUUUCUCACCUCGACUCCAUCAGGAAGGACAUGGUGAUUUUGGAGAAAAGCGACUUCGCCAACCUGCGAUCAGAAAACUCCAAAAUGAAGCGCGAGUUGGAGCAGAUCCAAAACCGACUGAAGGAGGAGAGUCGGAAAGUCCGAGCGGAGACGAAACUGGACAUCAACCUGGAGAGCAGCCGCAUGGCCGACGUGGUGGGACUAAUGCUACACAAUAUUUACUAAUACUCAUAGAAUACUCAUAAAAUACUCAUGAAACACUCGUAAAAUACUCA